GAUGUGUUUGGUGGAGACUUAAUUUCGGAAUUGCGGGUGGCGUCUCCUGAGGACAGGGGCGAGAGCCGGUGCUGCGCGCCCGCCUGGAGCUCCCAACUCUGGGGAAUCCAGGUCUCGGCCCUGUCAGGAGGACCACUGGUGCUGCGCUGGAGCCAGUGUCUUAAGUCUUGUGUAUGGCGUGGUUACGGUUACAGCCUCUCACCUCUGCCUUCCUCCAUUUCGGGCUGGUUACUUUCGUGCUCUUCCUGAAUGGUCUUCGGGCAGAGGCUGGCAGCUCAGGAGAUGUACCCAGCACAGGGCAGAAUAAUGAGUCCUGUACAGGGUCAUCAGACUGCAAGGAGGGUGUCAUCCUGCCAAUCUGGUAUCCAGAGAACCCUUCCCUUGGGGACAAAAUUGCCAGGGUCAUCGUCUACUUUGUGGCCCUGAUAUACAUGUUCCUUGGGGUAUCCAUCAUUGCCGACCGCUUCAUGGCAUCUAUCGAAGUCAUUACUUCCCAAGAAAGGGAGGUGACUAUCAAAAAGCCCAAUGGUGAGACCAGCACAACUACGAUUCGGGUCUGGAAUGAAACUGUCUCCAAUCUGACCCUUAUGGCCCUGGGAUCCUCUGCCCCAGAGAUUCUCCUUUCUUUAAUUGAGGUAUGUGGUCACGGGUUCAUUGCUGGGGAUCUGGGACCUUCCACCAUCGUCGGCAGCGCGGCCUUCAACAUGUUCAUCAUCAUUGGCAUCUGUGUCUACGUGAUCCCCGAUGGGGAGACUCGGAAGAUCAAGCACCUCCGAGUCUUCUUUGUCACCGCCGCUUGGAGUAUCUUUGCCUACAUCUGGCUCUACAUGAUCUUGGCAGUCUUCUCUCCUGGGGUGGUUCAGGUUUGGGAAGGCCUCCUGACUCUCUUCUUCUUUCCAGUGUGUGUCCUGCUGGCCUGGGUCGCAGACAAACGACUGCUCUUCUACAAGUACAUGCACAAAAAGUACCGCACAGACAAACACCGAGGGAUUAUCAUAGAGACAGAGGGUGACCACCCGAAGGGCAUUGAGAUGGAUGGGAAGAUGAUGAAUUCCCAUUUCUUAGAUGGGAACCUGGUGCCCCUGGAAGGGAAGGAGGUGGACGAAUCCCGCAGGGAGAUGAUCCGGAUUCUCAAGGAUCUGAAACAAAAACACCCAGAGAAGGACUUAGAUCAGCUGGUAGAGAUGGCCAAUUACUACGCCCUUUCUCACCAACAGAAGAGCCGCGCCUUCUACCGGAUCCAAGCUACCCGCAUGAUGACCGGGGCAGGCAACAUCCUGAAGAAACAUGCAGCAGAACAAGCCAAGAAGACCUCCAGCAUGAGCGAGGUGCACACUGAGGAGCCGGAAGACUUCAUCUCCAAGGUCUUCUUUGACCCCUGUUCCUACCAGUGCCUGGAGAACUGUGGGGCUGUCCUGCUGACAGUGGUGAGGAAAGGAGGGGACAUGUCCAAGACCAUGUACGUGGACUACAAAACGGAGGAUGGUUCUGCCAACGCAGGGGCUGACUAUGAGUUCACAGAGGGCACAGUGGUUCUGAAACCAGGAGAGACCCAGAAGGAGUUCUCUGUGGGCAUCAUCGAUGAUGACAUUUUUGAGGAGGAUGAACACUUCUUUGUGAGACUGAGCAAUGUCCGCAUAGAAGAGGAUCAGUCUGAAGAGGGGAUGCCCCCAGCAAUGCUUAACAGUCUCCCCUUGCCUCGGGCUGUCCUAGCUUCCCCUUGUGUGGCCACGGUUACUAUCUUGGAUGAUGACCAUGCCGGCAUCUUCACUUUCGAAUGUGAUACCAUUCAUGUCAGUGAAAGUAUUGGUGUUAUGGAGGUCAAGGUUCUGCGGACAUCAGGUGCCCGGGGCACAGUCAUCAUCCCGUUUAGGACAGUAGAAGGGACAGCCAAGGGUGGUGGUGAGGACUUUGAAGACACAUACGGGGAGUUGGAAUUCAAGAAUGAUGAGACAGUGAAAACCAUAAGGGUUAAAAUAGUAGAUGAGGAGGAAUACGAAAGGCAAGAGAAUUUCUUCAUUGCCCUUGGUGAACCGAAAUGGAUGGAACGUGGAAUAUCAGCGCUCCUGUUAUCUCCAGAGGUAACAGACAGGAAGCUGACUGUGGAGGAGGAAGAAGCCAAGAGGAUAGCAGAGAUGGGAAAGCCAGUAUUGGGUGAACAUCCCAAGCUAGAGGUCAUCAUUGAAGAGUCCUAUGAAUUCAAGAGCACAGUGGACAAGCUGAUCAAGAAGACAAACUUGGCCUUGGUAGUGGGGACCCAUUCCUGGAGGGACCAGUUCAUGGAGGCAAUCACUGUCAGUGCAGCAGGGGAUGACGAUGAGGAUGAAUCAGGGGAGGAGCGGCUGCCAUCCUGCUUUGAUUAUGUCAUGCACUUCCUGACGGUCUUCUGGAAGGUGCUGUUUGCCUGUGUGCCCCCGACAGAGUACUGCCGUGGUUGGGCCUGCUUUGUCGUGUCCAUCCUCAUCAUCGGCAUGCUCACGGCCAUCAUCGGGGACCUGGCCUCCCACUUCGGCUGCACCAUUGGCCUGAAGGAUUCAGUCACGGCGGUUGUUUUCGUGGCAUUUGGCACCUCCGUGCCAGAUACGUUCGCCAGCAAAGCCGCUGCUCUGCAGGACGUGUACGCAGAUGCCUCCAUCGGCAACGUCACGGGCAGCAAUGCCGUCAAUGUCUUCCUCGGUAUCGGCCUGGCCUGGUCCGUGGCCGCCAUCUACUGGGCCAUGCAGGGACAGGAGUUCCAUGUGUCCGCGGGCACUCUAGCCUUCUCUGUCACCCUGUUCACCAUCUUUGCAUUUGUCUGCAUCAGUGUGCUCCUGUACCGACGGAGGCCCCACCUGGGUGGAGAGCUCGGUGGUCCCCGUGGCUGCAAGCUCGCCACGACGUGGCUCUUCGUGAGCCUGUGGCUCCUCUACAUAGUCUUUGCCACGCUGGAGGCCUAUUGCUACAUCAAGGGGUUCUGAGCCUCAGAAUGAGGCCUCCCUGGGGCAGGCCAAGGACUUCUCUUAAGAGAAGGGCACUUCCUCACCAGUGACCUUUCCAGGUUGAGCAACCUUGGAGGGGCAGCAUCGGGACUCGAGUUCCAGGGGCUUCACCUGACCUAAGCCCUGACACUGCUCUGCUCUCAAGGGCAAAGUCUUAAGCCAAUGGAAUGGAGGAGACACCCAUUUUUUCAAAGUAUUUAAUUCAAUCCAAACCAACAACGGCAACAAGUCCACCUCUGCCCCACGCAUCUUCCCUCCCAUGCAGGGCCCUGACCCACAGCAAAGGUCAGAGCCUCCUCCUUCUAGCCCACCUUCUGACUAUUCCUUUGCCUCUAGCUCCUUUGGGGGCAGAGUUCUGUCUCUGGUGUGAUGCAUCAUGAUUCUUUCAUUCAGCUGGCAAGGCGUGAGAAUGAAUCAUGCCCAAGUGGCUGGUUUUGGGGUGCUCUUUUAUUGUAAUCAUUGUUGUGAUUGCUUUUGUUUUCACGUCGGGUUUUGCUUAUUGUCUUGUCUUUUCCUUCUGAAGUUAGAGGUGGCCAAGGUACCCAGGAGCAACUCUAGGUCUAGAGCUGACAGCCCAAGGCAUGAACUUCCAGAAACACGCCAUCUCCGUCUCACAGGACCACCACUGUCUCUUGACUCUGGCAAGGUCCUGUCUCCCAUCUCCUUUGUUCUCUGAGGGUCUCGGAGGACCAGUGGCAUCUGGGGGGAACUAAGCUCACAUACCAACUCGAGGAGCGCGAGUUUGAUCUGCUUGCCUUGAACUCAACACCAAAAAGCGACUGUCCUCUUCCCAGUUAAGGCACCCCCAGUUCAGUGUCUCCAUGUGUCAGUGUGUGUGUACGUGUGCCCCUGAAGAAAGACCCACUGAGUGAGGGGUACGAAACAAAACUAGGAGUGCUCCAUGACCACAAAGAGUGUGUGGGGAAACAAAGGGAAGUCAUGCCUUCUGGAAUAUGUUUGCUUUUGUAUCUGAGGCAGGGAAAGAGAAAUUGUCCGGCCAGAUAGAUCUUUAUGAGAGAAGGUUGUAUUUAAAAUGCCAGUGUUGGGAGAAAAUGUCAGCGCCACCCCCUCUGCACUUGCUAAUGCGCCAUACCGAGAGGACUAGGUAUAUUUACUGAUGUGAUGCAAGAAUGUAGACGCUUGUAAGAGAAUGCGGGGCUCCUUCACCUCCACUGGCUCUUGGGCCUCUUCUGAAAGCAUGUUCACAAGAUAGGAACUGGAAUUCCUCAUGUUUCCAAAGUUCCUGCUUGUUUUUAAACUUCAUAAAGCUGUUUUCCCCCAGCCUGUGGGGUAUUUCUUGCCCCUCUCAGAGGAACCCUAGACAUCAUAAUCCCAUGGAACCUGGGAUCUUAGAAAAGGAGGAAUAACCUACCCUACAGACCUUUUCCCCACUGAACUUUGAAAGGACUUAGCUUUAAAUCACACACACACACACACACACACACACACACACACACACCACAACAAAACUGCCCACAGGUCUUUAGGCUUUCUGCAAUGACAUAAAUACAUUUUCUAAGGAAGAAAAAGAAGUUAAAACAACACCUGUUUAAUUUUAAACACAUUUUUUAAGAAAAAAAAACUAAAAAAAUGAAACAGUGCUUGUGCUAUAAGCUACGUUGCCAGUUGCCAGUGGAAAUGUUGGGUUGGUUUAAAAAAAAAAAAAAUAAAAGCUCUACUUACAACCAUCUGCAUA